AUGUCGACUACUCAAGGUUUCAGACUCGAAGAGCAGGCUCCACCUUGCGUCUCAUUGCCACCAUCAGAACUCCAACCUCAAACCGAGAAGUUGAUAUCCUCCUUCAAACAUGAACAUUCGCAAAACACACAACCAGGUUGUCAGCCUCAGGCUCCGGCAGCACAACGGCAUGAGUAUCAUCCUCACACGUCCUCUACAAACAAUGCUCCUUGGGCUGAUGAUCUAGCAGGGUUUGACAUCCAUCCUAUCUGGCGCUCAGAGGCCUUUCGACUGGCUGUGUAUGACGACUUUCUCUCAGUGCCUGAACUGGACCGCGCAGAAUACAACUACUCCCCAGAGAUGUACGAGAGAAUGAUGCCUGCCCUGCGACUGGCCACACUGUUCUUAAAGACCUCAACACCGGUCAUGGCAAGAAUCAGAUAUGCUCCCUUUGCACACUUCUCACUCACCGAAGGUGGCCAAGUUUUCAAGGCACUCGACGAGGCUGGCUGGAGAGAGACGCCCGAGAAACUCAAAAGCUUCGAGCAGGAUCUACUGCGAAUGUGCACCCCAUACCGGAUCACAGUGGUAUCCAACGAUUGUCCCAUGGUCUUGGAAACUGAUGCAGCUCGCGAAGGCCAAAAUGUGUGCGCCAUCUCUGACCUGCAACACCAUCACGACCACAAAUCCCCUCUCAAAGUGGACUGUCCGCAUACUGCACUGAGCACGCAGUGGAUAGAAUUCUUGCGCAGUCCAGACUGGGAUACAAUGGAUGUGAGUGACAAAUACAGCCAGCUUCUCUCAUUGGCGCUGACACUGGUUCAUGAAUUAGCUCAUGCUGUUUGGUCUUAUCGGAAGGCUUCAGAGCUCGAGUAUGAUCGCCGAUGCCCGAAAUGGACAAAAUUGCCACGAGGUCAUCUACGGGAACCACGAUAUGGCUCUAUGGAGUGGGCGGAACUGGGCUAUGUGGCUGAAAUGAUGAUCAUGGGUGGCCUGCAGGAACUCAUGCACCUUGAGGUCAACAUCAACCUCUUGGGAGAGAAGGUUCCUUACUUGCGAAAAGAUAUUCAUUUCGCCCAGCUUGACAACAAUGGAAGCGUCGUGUCAGUUCAGACCAUGGAACCGAUGUACACGCAGGUUUUUUUCAAUGGAGCAACUUGGGCUGAAUGGAUUGAAGGUAAGGCGGCAUGGUCUACCGACUUCAUACCUGGCAGGGUCGAGCUCAUGCUUGAUCAACCGGAGCGGACGCGUCUGACUCUACCAGGGUCUACCACGGCCUGUUGUGCAAACAAGGUGAGAAGUAAGCAUCUCGUGCCUAGCAAGGUUGUUCCACUCCCACCCCGGAAGCCCAUCGGGUAUAUGUCAAUUUGA